CCAACACCACCAUGUACCAUCAUGUCACGCACACCCUCACUCUUCAACUGUCUAAUCCGUACCCAUCAUAUAACAUCGCGCAAGAAGCUCUCGCGCGUCCGUCGCGCAGCACAGCAACUAAACGUGGAUUGGCUGUAUGUGCGAAGUGGUGGAUCACCAGGGAUAAUGUUUGCAGAGGGGCGCGAUGAGGCUGGUUUGACAGAGUGGGUAUCUACAGUACAAGCGCUGCGGUACAAAGACUUUAAAUGUGUUGCGAAACCUGCGAGGGCUGAGGGCGUAGGAAGCAAGACGGGGUUUGAUGAGACCGAGUCGGUGAGGGAGUUUGGGAGGGUCAUGGACGAGAAGGGCUUGGGGGGUUGGUGGAAGAGGGCGAUGGGGUAUGAGGGGGAGUGAUUGACGCAGUUCAUCGUGGCCAUACCAGGACAUGAGAGAGGAGAAUAGCUGCUGGGCAAUUGAGGGUGGUGAGAGACGCGUCGUACGCGCGGCCUUUAGGAUCGUGAAGGAGGCUAAGAUGCGAUCGUCGAUAUAAUCUUGGACUUAGUUGACAUCACACUUACAACGCUGAAGCACACGCCUUGACCGGCAGUUCGAUCAUGAGUCUCUUGAUGGACAUGGUAUCCAUGUGUUACAUCUACUACGAGACUGAAGCCUCAGGCCAUCCGCCUUUCCCGGAAUCUAUGGCAGUUGCCAUGCCAUCUUCUCAUGAACGGUCACUCUUCCACAACUCAGCAGGAUACACGGCCAAGCAGUCCGUACACUCUCCGCAACCUUCACAGUCCGGCUCCCAUUCCCCAGACUGCAAAUUCAACCUCCACGAUUUGGGCCUUUCGCCAUACCAAGGACCAGUCUUCAGGUCAAACCUGUCCGGUCUGGCAGGAAAGUUCUUCCAAUAACCACCAUCAUCUCUAUUCAUCACCGUGCACACAUGCACACCAGUUUUGAGUCCUGCAGCGACAGACUUUGGCAGAAUCAGCUCCUUUAGGCCUGCGUCGAUGGAUCUCCUAGGAGGGGAAUCUUUAUCAUUCUGCGCUUGUCGUUUUUCGACGUCCGCGAGGUAAAUAACCUUGAGGUUCUCUAGGACACUCGAUCCGAUGAUUGCCGCAAGUGUUGAGUCGAGGAUAUCUGAUGGGAUAUCGUCAGAUGUUGAACCAUCCGCAUGCUCGUCCGAUCGCCCCCAAAUAUAAAGAGCUUCAGUACUAACAGGGAAAGAGUCAGAGACGUAUUCCGCAAGUUGCUCUGCAUUGGGAGAACUAUGCAUCCGGUAAAGCUCUUCAAGCAUCAUAUCGGACACUGCCACCGUAAACAGCUUCAAGUUUUCAAAGUCUUUAAGGUCAUCGAGGCGAUAGUUGCUGUUUUUAUCGCUGUGCAUACCGCCCGGGUUGUAAAGGAUGAGUUUUUGUAGUGUCUUCCCAUUGCUGAAAGACAGCGAGCCCACGAACGUGUCCACGUCGUGAAGAUCUUGCCGGCGUUCACUCGCAAUCCUCAGAACGAUAG